CCGUCUCCCCUGCCCAGCAUGGCACCUUGGGCAGUGGGCGCUCCUCAGACAAGGGACCAUCCUGGUCCAGCCGCUCCCUGGGUGCCCGCUGCCGGAACUCGAUCGCCUCCUGUCCUGAGGAGCAGCCCCACGUGGGGAACUACCGCCUGCUGAGGACCAUUGGAAAGGGCAACUUUGCCAAAGUCAAGCUGGCCCGGCACAUCCUCACAGGUCGGGAGGUCGCCAUCAAGAUCAUUGACAAAACCCAGCUGAAUCCCAGCAGCCUGCAAAAGCUGUUCCGAGAAGUCCGCAUCAUGAAGGGCCUAAACCAUCCCAACAUUGUGAAGCUCUUCGAGGUGAUCGAGACUGAGAAGACACUGUACCUGGUGAUGGAAUACGCAAGUGCCGGAGAAGUGUUUGACUACCUCGUGUCACACGGCCGCAUGAAGGAGAAGGAAGCUCGAGCCAAGUUCCGACAGAUUGUAUCGGCUGUGCACUAUUGUCACCAGAAAAACAUUGUACACAGGGACCUAAAGGCUGAGAACCUCUUGCUGGAUGCCGAGGCCAACAUCAAAAUUGCUGACUUUGGCUUCAGCAAUGAGUUCACACUGGGCUCGAAGCUGGACACGUUCUGCGGGAGCCCCCCGUAUGCCGCCCCGGAGCUGUUCCAGGGCAAGAAAUACGAUGGGCCAGAGGUGGACAUCUGGAGCCUCGGCGUCAUCCUCUACACCCUUGUCAGCGGCUCCCUGCCCUUCGAUGGGCACAACCUCAAGGAGCUGCGGGAGCGUGUCCUCAGAGGGAAGUACCGGGUCCCUUUCUACAUGUCAACAGACUGUGAGAGCAUCCUGCGGAGAUUUUUGGUGCUGAACCCAGCUAAACGCUGUACUCUUGAGCAAAUCAUGAAAGACAAAUGGAUCAACAUUGGCUAUGAGGGUGAGGAGUUGAAGCCAUACACAGAGCCUGAGGAGGACUUCGGGGACACCAAGCGAAUCGAGGUGAUGGUGGGUAUGGGCUACACACGGGAAGAAAUCAAAGAGGCCUUGAGCAGCCAGAAGUACAAUGAAGUGACCGCCACCUACCUCCUGCUGGGCAGGAAGACUGAGGAGGGUGGGGACCGGGUUGCCCCAGGGCUGGCCCUGGCACGGGUGCGGGCGCCCAGCGAUACCACCAAUGGAACCAGCUCCAGCAAAGCCACCAGCCACAGCAAAGGGCAACGGAGUUCCUCCUCUACUUACCACCGCCAGCGCAGACAUAGCGACUUCUGUGGCCCAUCCCCUGCACCCCUGCACCCCAAGCGCAGCCCAACCAGCACGGGGGAGGCAGAGCUGAAGGAGGAGCGGCUGCCAGGCCGGAAGGCGAGCUGCAGCACAGCAGGAAGCGGGAGUCGAGGGCUGCCCCCAUCCAGCCCCAUGGUCAGCAGUGCCCACAACCCCAACAAGGCAGAGAUCCCAGAGCGGCGGAAGGACAGUACGAGCACCCCUAACAACCUCCCUCCCAGUGUGAUGACCCGCAGAAACACCUAUGUUUGCACAGAACGCCCAGGGGCUGAGCGCCCGUCCCUGUUGCCAAAUGGCAAAGAAAACAGCUUGGGCACCCCACGGGUAAGUGUAUGUGUAUGUGUGUGUGUAUCUCUGAGUGUGUGUGUNGGGGGUGUGCAGAAUGGGCCCCCUGCCUCUCCCACGCUGGCCCAUGAGGCCACCCCCCUGCCUGCUGGGCGACCCCGCCCCACCACCAACCUCUUCACCAAGCUGACCUCCAAACUGACCCGAAGGGUCACAGACGAACCUGAGAGAAUCGGGGGACCUGAGGUCACAAGUUGCCAUCUACCUUGGGAUCAAACGGAAACCGCCCCCCGGCUGCUCCGAUUCCCCUGGAGUGUGAAGCUGACCAGCUCACGCCCUCCCGAGGCCCUGAUGGCAGCUCUGCGCCAGGCCACAGCAGCCGCCCGCUGCCGCUGCCGCCAGCCACAGCCAUUCCUGCUGGCCUGCCUGCACGGGGGUGCGGGCGGGCCCGAGCCCCUGUCCCACUUCGAAGUGGAGGUCUGCCAGCUGCCCCGGCCGGGCCUGCGGGGAGUUCUCUUCCGCCGUGUGGCGGGCACCGCCCUGGCCUUCCGCACCCUCGUCACCCGCAUCUCCAACGACCUUGAGCUCUGAGCCACCACGGCCCCCGAUCCCUUCCUCUUCCUCUCUGUUGUCCUCUUCGCUUCUAUAGAAGAAGGGGCAAGGAGGGGAUCCACCCUUUGUCAUCACCUCAGUUUCCCUGAAUUAGAUUUGGGGGCAGAGAUUGUCCCUUCUGCUGUUCUCCGGGGCCGCUCAGUACAGGAGAAGGAUGAGGGGGCUUAGCAGGGGGAGCUGGCGCCUUCCCGGAGCCUCCAACGGGUCCUGUUCCCCUUUGCCCUGCCAUAGGGCACCUGAAGAGACUUUGGGGUCAGGGCAGGGGCAGGAGGAGAAACUGGGAAAACUCUUCCAUUCCUCCCAACAGGUUGAGUUAGACCUUGGGUAAGGGCAGGGAGAGCUGCUGAGCCUAAAGACUGGAGAAUUUGGGGGUGCUGGGAGCGGGGAUCAGAGAGGUAGAUUCCUUCUCCUCCCUCUCCCCUCAUGCUCAAAACCCCCUUCCUGCCCCAGGCUGGCGCGGGGCACUUUGUACAAAUCCUUGUAAAUAACCCCCUCACUCUCCCUUCUGCAGAGGUCUCUCGAGGAGCUGCCGCUCUCACCUCCAGUUUUUAAGUUAUUACACUCCCACCCUCCUCCUUCAGCCCCCUCACCUGCAGCCUGUUGCCCAAUAAACUUAGGAGAGUCCCCCCUCACUGACCCUGGGGUUUUCCUUCCCUACCCUCACCUGCAAGUGAGCUGAAGAGGAGGUGUGUGAUGUUGAGCCAGUGGUUUCUCCUUUCUGAGCCUCGGUUUUGUCAUCUGCAGAAUGGGAAUAGUGGGGGUAUGAGGGUCAAGGAUGAUUGUAGAAGUGGGGAGGACAGAACUCGGCCUCAUCCAUGAGGCCCCAAGUCCUCUACUGGGCCCCCCAUUCAUCCACCCACACUCCUGCCUGCCAUGUUACACUGGACUCUAAGCCACUUCUUACUCCAGUAGUACAUUUGUUCAAUAAAUAGUCAUUGAUCAGUGCCUACUCCAUGUCAGGCCCAGUGCUGGACACAGAGACACAAGGAGCCCCCGUCUGCAGGGGACACAGGUUCUGACACACACUGGAGAAACCAUUGUCUUGGGGAGCCCAGAAGAAUAAGUGAGGGGGGAUGGGGAAUACACUCCAGAGGAAGGGAUGCUGGAGUUGGGCUUUGAAGGAUGAGUAGGAGUUGACUAGGCACUGGGCAAAAGCCCAGAAGUGGGAGUCCAUGGUGUAUCUUCAGAGAACUGUAGGUAAUUUUAGAGUGGCUGCUAUGUUGGGAGUGGGUGGAGAAUUGGCAAAAUAAAUGCUGUAUUAGGACAUCCAUCUA